ACCCCCCCUUCCCACCCUUUUCCCCCCGUUUUCAGGGAUGUCCGUCCCGGAGGAGACGCUGCUCGUUGUCGAGCACCGCUACGUGUGCUCCGAGUGCUCCCACCUGUCCCCGUCCCUGGAGGAGGCCCUGCUGCACCACCAGCACCACCUGGGCACCCCCUCCCAGCCCCCCCAGCCCCCCCAGCCCCCCCAGAACCCCCGCUCCCAGCUGGAAUUCCUGGCGGAGCCGGAGCCCAGCCAGUACCAGUGCCUGGAGUGCGGGACGCUGCUGGUGACGCCGGGGCAGCUCCUCGAGCACCAGGAGCUGCACCUCAAGCUGCUGGGGGCCACCAGCGAGCCCCCGACCCCCCCGGCCCCCCUCACGGCCACCAAAGUGGCCACGGUGGCCACGGGCUCGGCCGGGAUCCACUUCGAGUGCCCCGAGUGCCGCGCUCUCUUCCAGAGCCAGGACUCGUGGCUGGCGCAUCGCCAGGGCCACCGCGGCCUCACCGGCAUCCCCAGUGUCCCCAGUGUCCCCUCGGGGCCGGGCCAGGCCCGGGUGGACGUGGAGCACUCGUAUCGUAAACCCGAGGACGGCGAAGCCGAGCCCGGCGGUGCCGGCGCCGGGGGGGAUCCGGUGUCGGUGCCACCGGGGGCAACCGAGUCGCUGCAGCUGCUGCUCUACGAGUGCGGGGAGUGCCUGCAGCUCUUCCAGAGCCCCAAGGACUUCCUGGAGCACCAGGUCACCCACCUGGCCGUGCCGCCAGCGCCCUCGGACGCUCCCGCGGCGGCGGAACCGGCAGCACCGGUGCCGCCGUCACCGGAUCCGCCGGAGCUUCGGUGCCCCGAGUGCCGCCAGCUCCUUCCCUCUGCCCGCGCCCUGGGUUCCCACCUCCGUUGCCACCGCCUGGGCGCCUUCGGCUGCCCCCUCUGCAGCCGGGUGCUGCCGUCGCCGUCGGCGCUGCGGGAGCACCAGCGCCAGCGCCACGCCCGCGACGGCCGCUUCCUGUGCCUGGAGUGCGGCGCCGCGCUGGACACCGAGGCGGCUCUGGCCGCCCACGGCCGCGGGGCCCACGGCGGGACGGGGGGGUCCCUUCACCGCUGCGCCUGCGGAAAGGCCUUCGCCAGCAUGACCAAGUUCCUCUACCACCGCCGCUCCCACGGCGGCGGCAACGCCGGCGUUGGAGGCGUUGGGAUCAUCUCGGCGAGCCCCGAGGCGGCCGAGGCGGCCGCGGAGGCGGCGGCCGAGCCGCUGGCGUGUGGCCUGUGCCCCAAGUCGUUCCCCGGCGCGGCGGCGCUGGCGCGGCACCGGCGCUUCGUGCACCGCGCCGAGCGCCGGCACCGCUGCCCCGACUGCGGCAAGAGCUUCAAGAAAUCCUCCCACCUGCGCACCCACGUGAGGUCCCACACCGGGGAGAGGCCCUUCCCCUGCCGCGAGUGCGGCCGCGGCUUCCACAGCCGGGCCAACCUGCUGCGGCACCGCCUGGUGCACUCGGGGGAGAGGCCCUUCGAGUGCGAGCUGUGCCACAAGCGCUUCGCCCAGAGCUCCACGCUGCGCCAGCACCUCGGGACGCACCUCAGGAGGCUCCCCCACCGCUGCCCCGAGUGCGGCCUGCGCUUCCCGCGCCCGCACCGGCUCCUCCUGCACCGGGCCCUGCACACCGGGGAGUACCCGUACAAGUGCCCCCAGUGCGGGAGAUCCUUCCUGCUGCGCAGGUUGUUGGAUGUUCACCUCCUGGCCCACGCUGGCGGGCAGCCCUUGGUGUGCCAGGGGUGUGGAGGGGCCUUUGCGUCGCCCACCAGGCUGCGGGAGCACCGGUGUGGUGGUGGAGGAGGAGGAGGAGGAGGAGGAGGAGGGAAGAGGUUCGAGUGCGGCGUGUGUGGGAGGAAGGCGGGCACGGCGGCGCGGCUGCGGGCGCACGAACGAUCCCACCUCCCCCCGGGCACCCAGGACGCGCCAGAACUCCAGGAGGGCUCCGUGGAGGUGACAGAAGUGGUGGAAUCCACCCCGGGCCCGGCCCGACCUCGCCCCAAAGGCACCAAGAGCCUGGAGUGCGGCGAGUGCCGGAAGCUGUUCAGCACCGAGACGUCGCUGUCGGUUCACCGGCGCAUCCACACCGGGGAGAGGCCCUACCCCUGCCCCGACUGCGGCAAGGCCUUCCGCCAGUCCACCCACCUCAAGGACCACCGGCGCCUCCACACCGGGGAGAGGCCCUUCCGCUGCCCCGACUGCGGCAAGGCCUUCGCCAUCGCCGUGCGCCUGGCCGAGCACCGCCGCAUCCACACCGGGGAGAGGCCCUACGGCUGCCAGCACUGCGGAAAGAGCUACCGCAGCUUCUCCAACCUCUGGAAGCACAGGAAGAUGCAUCGGGACAGGGGGGAAGGGGCUGGGGGUGGAGGAGGG